GGGAUCCUAAUUUUGGGACGACGGAUCCUUCUAGUAUAUCUAAACUACUCUUCGGGGGCGAUGGAGAAAUGCAUCUGAUCCUGCAAAGAGACAAGGGCGACGACCCGUCUUCAUCUGCGGUCCUUCUGCUCCUCUGCUCGAAGGGUCGCGAGCUAUGGACGAGGGCAAUGGCGAGCACCGCAAGGGGGGCGAGACCCCGGUGGUGUUCCAGGGGACGGAGUACUCCCCCUUCCGCACCACCGUCGCCCUCGCCCUCUGGCUUGGCGGCAUCCACUUCAACGCCGCCUUGGUCCUCGCCACGCUUCUCCUCCUCCCCUUGCGCCUCGCCGCCGCAGUUUUCGGGUUUCUGCUCUUCCUCAUGUUGAUUCCUGUCGAUCAUAAGAGUAAAUUGGGGUCCAGACUAUCAAGGUAUAUUUGCAAGUAUGCAAGUGGCUACUUCCCCGUCACCCUUCAUGUGGAGGACAUCAAGGCCUUCAAUCCGGACCAAGCAUAUGUGUUUGGUUAUGAGCCGCACUCGGUGCUACCUAUAGGUGUUUGUGCUCUUGCCAACCACACUGGAUUCAUGCCUCUACCUAAAGUCAAAGUUCUCGCGAGCAGCGCUGUCUUCUACACUCCUUUUCUGAGGCAUAUUUGGACAUGGCUGGGACUAGUCCCUGCAUCUAGGAAGAACUUCUAUGCUUACUUGGAAGCUGGGUAUAGUUGCAUUAUUGUUCCUGGUGGGGUGCAGGAGAUGCUUCAUAUGAACCAUUUUUCCGAGGUUGCUUUCCUUAAAUCAAGAAAAGGAUUUGUGCGAAUUGCCAUGGAGACGGGCCGACCUAUAGUUCCUGUUUUCUGUUUUGGCCAGAGUCAUGUUUAUCGAUGGUGGAAACCUGGUGGGAAAUUUUUUGUACCGAUUGCGCGAGCACUAAAGUUCACUCCAAUAGUCUUCUGGGGAAGAUUUGGAACACCUAUACCAUUUCGGCAUCCGAUGCAUGUCGUAGUCGGAAGACCCAUUGAGCUGAUGAAAAACCCUAAGCCCACUACGGAUGAGAUCAAUGAGGUUCAUGCCCAGUUUGUUCAUGCUUUCCAAGAACUCUUCGAGAAGUACAAGUACAAAGUUGGGUACCCUGAUCUCCAAGUCUCUAUUCUGUGACAUGUACAUCUUCCAUGCCUUUGUCAUCUGAGCUUGAUGAACCUGAAAUCGAGCUUAGAGAAAGUCACCGGGCCCUGUUAUCAAACUGCAUGCAUGAGCGUUCCAUCAGGUCAACAAUGGGAACGAAUACUGCUGCAGGCAUUCUGAAGCUGAAAUACUCGUCUUAUAUACUCUGUUUCUGAGUAAAAAAUCGGAUGGAUGGAUAGAUGGAUGUACAAAUUUGGAUAGAAAUAUAAAUCUGCCGACCUUUCAUUGUAAUAAACGCUGUGAUCGGCUUA